AUGUUGAUCGGCAUCUGCGGCUCCAUCUGCGCCGGCAAACACACCACAGCCGAAUAUCUAGUCCAACAGCUCGGCUUCCUCCGCCUGCAUCUUCCCACACCGACCCAGCUACAACCCUUGCAGAACUCAUCCAACGGCACCAUCCCAUCACACGUCUCUCGCUCCAAUGCCACGUCAUCACCAUCACCGCCAACGAUAGAUCAGCUAUGUUUACUGCCCAGUGUCACCGACCAAGUCGGCACUCGAGGCCUCUCCUUUCCCGACGUCGAAUCCUUGCUAGAUUUCGUGACCAAAAGAUGGCGUGAGCAUUGGGUCUUGACCGAUAUCUACGACGAAGAGACCCUAGAGUUGCUUCUCAGGAGACCCUUUUUUAUGCUAAUCAACGUUGACGCACCUGUUGGUGUGAGAUACAAGAGGUUCAGCGACCGCUGCACAAAACGCAACCUCCCACGCAUGCCCCUCGCCGACUUCAUCCACUACAACGACCUCCAACUCUACGGCUCUCGAGGCCACACAGACACAAAUCCAGGUCCCGCUCCAGAUCCAAUCUCUCGCCCCGACACCUGUUCCCGCUCAGCACUAGCCCCCCUCCUCGCCCACGCGCACCUCUCAAUCCUCAACACCCACCCUACCCCUCACACAUACCACGCCUUCCUCGCCACCUUGGACCUCUCCUCCCCCACCCGCCUCCGGCCCACAUGGGACGCCUACUUCAUGACGCUCGCCAGCCUGGCCUCCCGCAGGUCGAACUGCAUGAAACGCCGCGUCGGCUGCGUGCUCGUGCACCACGCCCGCAUCAUCUCGACGGGCUACAACGGCACCCCCCGCGGGCUGGUGAAUUGCAACGAGGGCGGCUGUCCGCGGUGCAACACGGGGGCUUCAGGGGGCGGGGUCGCGCUGGCGACGUGCUUGUGCUUGCACGCCGAGGAGAACGCGCUGCUCGAGGCCGGGCGCGAGCGGAUUCGCGAAGGGGCCGUGCUGUAUUGCGACACGUGUCCGUGCCUCACGUGUAGUGUCAAGAUUGCGCAGGUCGGGGUGAAGGAGGUCGUGUAUAGCCAGAGUUAUAAUAUGGAUGAGGCGAGUCGGCGGGUGUUGGGCGAGGCGGGGGUCACGUUGAGGCAGUUCGUGCCUACGCGGAGUGGGUUCGUGGGGUUUGAUAUACCCGCAAAGGGCGAUUGGGAUGCAGAUCUGGACGGCGCGGAAGAAGGUCAGCUGGUCGUGCUGAACGGGAAGAAAUGA